AUGAUUUGCGUCGAGUGCAAUAAUCCCGGAAUCGACUGUCUCUACUCCGAGUUCAAAAGCAAAUAUAUUAAGCUAACAAUAUGCCCGAAAUGUGGACAGUUGGCCGACAAGUAUAUCGAGUUUGAUAACGUGAUCAUUUUUUUGGACGUGUUACUUCUCGAAAAACAAGCAUACAGACACUUGGCGUACAAUAAGGUGGAGACUGCCAUUUUCGGCCAGGAUCCUCCUCAAUACAGAAAGAUCGUGCGCUAUGUCGUUCUUCUGGUCCUUUUCGAGGUGUAUCUAACGUGGGCCUACGAAGAAAAGAAAGAGCACUCGAGCAUGCUCAUGUCUCGGGUUUUAUCCAUGCCCGUGGCAUUGCAAUACGCUUUUUUCAUAAUCCACCAGAUGAUCGAACAAGGAAUGAUGUUUUUCAUGCUAUACAUUAUUUUCACCAAGUUAUUCCUGUGGGGAAACACACGCAACCAAAACUUGACUGACGCUCACCAAAAACCAUAUUACAUGUGUGUUUUGCUAGUCACAUUUCUUUUGUCGACUGCCGUGCGCUGCUUGCCCAUCAUUAUGUUGAUCUGGCCCUACGACAAUGCGCUGGUCGCAUCUGGCGCAGUCAAUAUCUUGGUGUUUUUUUGCAUGGUGGAGGGUUUGCGAAUUAACACUGGCCGGUCUUAUCUGGCCGUUUUCUUUGCUGUUGCAGCUGCCCUUACUCUUCUGGUCACGGCAAAGGAGACUUCAAUGUGUUUUUGGGUUUCUUUAGCGUCUCUGACCCCAGUAAAGACUCUAUUAAAAAGUGAAUGGAGCUUGUAUGUGGAGAAGGUAUUCAAUGGGUGGAGCCUAAUCCAAGCUGCAUUAAAUCCUUGA